GAAAAAAAAAAAAAAGAAAACAAAUUUUGGGCAGAACCCCGUUUUUCCCUUUUUCCUUUUUCUUUUUGCAAAUAAUAGUAGAAAAAAAAAAAUAUCAUCCUAUCCCUUUUUUAUACAAUCUUCUACUUUUGGAAAAACAAAAUCCUUUUCGCGGAACCCACACCCCUUGAAAGAACAAAUAACCUAAAUUAGAAGGCUCCAAAUAAAAAAGAAAAAGAAAAAAAUCAAGAAAGGAAACAGGGAAAAGCAAUAUAAAUAAAUGGACAAUAAUAAUGAACAGCAACUAUCCACCAACAAUGGUACUUUAACACAUAAGGAUGAAUUUGUAUUCAAAAAUACCACACAACCUAACGGCGAUAUCGGUGAUUCGGGUGAUGAGUCUGAUUCACAAACCAACACAAAGAAAGACGAAGGUGCUGCAGGCGACGAAGCAAAGCCUAAUCCAAGACGUUCUGGUAGAAGAAAGAUAAAGAUUGAAUAUAUUGAAGAUAAGAAUCGUAGGCAUAUCACUUUUUCAAAGCGUAAAGCUGGUAUUAUGAAAAAGGCAUAUGAAUUAAGCACGUUGACUGGUACUCAAGUCUUGUUGUUAGUGGUGUCGGAAACCGGCCUUGUCUACACAUUCACCACAGUCAAAUUACAACCCAUCGUAACAAAGCCUGAAGGAAAAAAUUUGAUUCAGCAAUGCUUGAACGCACCUGAUCCAAUGAGCACUACCACAAGUGAUGUACCUCCAUCACCCCAGGUGAAAGAUGAAGACGCUAAUACCUCUGCCAAUCCACAACAGCAAGAAAAUAACCCUGCCUAUUACCAAAAUGACUCUCAAUUAAAAGAUGAUCAAAAUAGUUCCAUGACCAUUGAAACACAUCAACAGUAUCCACCUUCAUCGUCCAACUCUGCUGCUGUAGCGGCGGCUGCUGCUGCUACUAAUCUGCCAACAGGUUACCCUUCCAACGCUUAUGGACAGCCUCCACCAGCUGUACCUUAUGGCUAUCCUACCGGUACGAGUGCCAAUAGCAAUAUGCCUUCAUUAAAUGCACCCUAUGGAUACAAUACAGCAUCAGCCCCUCAAGCGCAGCCCAAUACUGGUGCUACAUCGCCUCAUCAACAACAACAGGCCUAUAUGCCCAAUUCUACUGGGUAUUAUCAACCUUAUAUGUCCCAUUCUCCGUAUCAUCAGCAGCAACAGCAGGCACCUGCUGGUUAUUGGGCAGGUAAUAAUCCUUCAGCGCAACAACAACAUGCGGCUGCUAAUAGUAGUGAAGCACCCAAUACAACUGACAGAAAUAUUUAAACCAAUGAACUAGUGAAAUGAAUAAAAAAAAAAAAGGAAAAAAAAAAAAGUGCAAAGAGAAAGAAA